AUGAAGCUUCUCGUGCCCACGAUCUUCGCCACACUGGUGUUCGCUUUAAACGAGGGCGCUCACGCGCUUAACGUAAAAAUGCCCGGUAUCGUCUACACUUCGCGCAAUUCGAUGACACGAGUCAAUGACCCUGACUAUUGCAAACCUGUGGCUGAGGUAGAGCAGGACAUGUUAACUUUGGCAGGUAUCGCCGAAAAGGUUCGCAUCACUUCUCUCAUCGACUGUAACCAGUCUGAGAUUGUACUUCCAGCUGCCAAAAAGGCUAACUUAAAGGUUAUGCUCGGCAUCUGGACGUCUGACGGUAAUGAUAACGAACGAUUUGUUAAAGAGAAGGCUAAGUUGGGCAGUCUGAUAGAUAUGGGGCUUUACGACGACAACGUCGUCGGUCUUUGUGUGGGUAACGAGGCAGUGCAUCGUGGCGAAAUUCCUGUCACUACUGCCAUCUCUUAUCUUAACGAGAUUCGUGAAGUAAUUCGUGGUCGUGGCUACCAGACACCGCUCACAGUUGCUGACAGUUCCGACGUGCUCGAAAACAGUGCCGAGCUCAUGGAUGCAGUUGACUUCUUUGCUGUCAACAUCAUGCCGGAUACAACUGUUCACGAUGCUGAUAAUUAUAUGCUCAAUCAAAUUCGCACCUUACGUGGGUAUGCGUUGGCAAGGAACAAGACGAUUACCAUCACACAAACUGGCUGGAACUCACGCGUUAGUACUGGUGUUCAAUCUGAAAGCCAAAGCAAAUACUUUACCGAGUUGUACCAGAUCACUCGACUGAUCGAUAUCGAAUUUUACUGGUACACUGCUUUUGCUCCGAGAACUGGAAUGUCUCAUGGUUACAAUGAAGUAGAACUUUGGUAUGGCCUUUUCAAUCGAGAUGGUAAGAUGGAGAAUUCGUUCCAACAACUCAACAUUACGUUGUUGGAACCCUAUUACAUUCGUCAGACCAAGUCCAACUUGUUCUUGUCUGAAAGUGAUAGAGAAGUUUUCAUGUUUGACAAAACUGGCGGAUGGAAGAUCGAGGAUGAGCAGCUCUGGCUCAUUGAUACCACAAACAAUGCUAUUAAAAGUCUCAACAGUGCCAUGUGUCUUUCUGGCAUUUCUACAAGCCAAACCACCAGCCUCAUUGAAUCGAGAACAUGUUGGUAUCCAUCUUCUGUCCAGAUGUGGUCAUUUGACAACUCGACUGGCCUAUUACAGCAACUCGACGUAAAACAUUGUUUGCACGUUCAACCAAAUGAACCAUAUAGCUUGUCUCUAGUACCUUGUGUACCAGGCGACGACAACCAACAGUGGACUCUAGUACCCCGUGGGAGCGCUUAG